GGCGACUGCGCCUCAGAUCCAGAUAGAAUCGGGUCCAGUCAUAAUGUCGCUCAAUGGCGGCCAGAAUCUCAGCUUGGAUGCGCUGGCCAAUGGCCUGAAUCAAUGUGGAACCGGUAGUUCACCGGCCAUCGGAUUGUGGAGUGGCAUGGUGACCGUUCUCCUGCAAUCCCUUCUGUCCGCCCAGUGUUUUAUUUCACCCAGCAGCCAGUGGCCAGCGGACUACGGAGGUGACUUUGGUCAACCCUAUGACUUUGUGGUCAUCGGAGCAGGAUCCGCGGGAUCCGUGGUGGCCAGUCGGCUCAGUGAGAAUCCCGAGUGGAGAGUUCUCGUCCUGGAAGCGGGCGGAGAUCCACCCGUCGAAUCCGAGCUGCCUUCGCUUUUCUUCGGCCUGCAGCACUCGGAGUUCACCUGGAACUACUUCACGGAACCGAGUGACGAGUCCUGUCAGGGAAUGAAGGAGGGUCGCUGCUAUUGGCCGCGUGGCAGGAUGUUGGGAGGAUCCGGAGCGGCCAAUGCGAUGCUGUAUGUGCGAGGCAAUCGGCGGGACUUUGAUGGCUGGUCGGCGAUGGGCAACGAGGGCUGGAGCUACGAUGAGGUGAUGCCCUUCUUCGAACGAUCCGUGACGCCCCAGGGAAAUGCCACACAUCCCAGGGGCUAUGUGACCCUGAGUCCCUUCGAGCGGCAGGAUGAUCCCAUUCACCAGUUGAUCAUCGAAGGAGCUCGGGAGCUGGGACGACCGUAUGUGGAGCGAUUCGAGGAGGGCAGUGAGACGGGCUAUGCCCAUGUUCCUGGCACCGUGAGGCAGGGUCAAAGGAUGAGCACGGCCAAGGGUUAUUUGGGUGCAGUGGCCGGAACGCGACCCAAUCUCCAGGUGGUCAAGAAGGCCCUGGUGACCAGGCUGAAUUUGGACGGAGAUCAGCGCAUCUCAUCGGUUACCUUCGAAAAAGACGGUGUCAUUCACCGCGUCGGGGUCACCAAGGAAGUGGUUCUCUCGGCGGGAGCCAUCGAUUCACCAGCUCUUCUCCUGCGUUCUGGUAUCGGUCCUCGCCAGCAAUUGGAGGAUCUAAAUAUACCCCUUCAGUUGGAUCUUCCCGGAGUGGGACGCAAUCUCCAGGAUCAUGUGCUGGUUCCCCUCUUCCUGCGACUCGACGAGGGUCAAGCUGAGGUCAUCACAGAGAAGGACAUGCUGGAUGGCGUCUAUGAGUACCUCAUCCAUCGGCGGGGACCCCUGGCCACCCACAGCACAGCCUCCCUGGUGGCCUUGAUCAACACGAAUGGUAGUAGUGAUAGUCCCUAUCCGGAUACGGAGAACCAUCACCUGUUCUUCCAGAGAGGCAAUCAUGCUUCGCUGGAACUCUUCACCAAGGGUUUGUCCUUCCAAGAGGAGUACGUAGAAUCGCUGCAGGAAUAUCUGAGGGACUCGCAUCUCCUGUGUGUCUUUGUUUUGCUUUCCCAUCCCUUGGCCAGAGGUGAAUUGCGCCUGAGGAGUGCAGAUCCCAAGGAACCGCCCAUUCUCAAGAGUAACUACCUAACGGAACCCGAGGAUGUCUCGACUUUAAUGCGAGGCAUUCGGUAUAUAGAAUCCCUGGAGCAGACCAAAGCCUUACAAGAUCACCGGGCCGAGUUGGCUAGGAUUCCCAUUGAAGAGUGUGAUAGUCUGAGGAGCUAUCGCAGUGAGGAGUACUGGCGUUGCUAUGCCAAAUACUUCACCAUCACCUGCUACCAUCAGUCGGGCACCGUGAAAAUGUCUCCUAAUUCCGAUCCCGAAGCCUGUGUAAAUCCCCGACUGAAGGUCCAUGGAUUGGAUAACCUGCGGGUGGCGGAUGCCAGCAUUAUGCCAGCCGUUGUCAGUGCGAAUACGAAUGCGGCCACCGUGAUGAUCGGGGAGAGAGCCGCCCACUUCAUAGGGGAGGAUUACCGGGUAACCAAUGACGACAGUGGUCGAUUGUGGGUGCCACCGCACAUGCAUGCGGAUGACUUUUAGCUAAAGUUAGCUGUUAGCUUGAUAAUUCCAAACACAGUCGCCCCAUCAAACUGGCAACUUGUCAACAACAAGUUGUCGAUACUAAAGUACAUAAAGAACAC